UGCGCCAGUGACAGCUCGGGGAGAUUGUUGUGACGAGGCUGUGCGGCCAGUGUGUGUAUGGUGUCGUUGACGAUUGACACAUAUAUAUAUAUAUUAUUUGUCCGGGUGUCGAUCGGCAAUGCAGUCGAUGAGGCCGCAGGCGAUGAGCCGCGACGAGGCGAUCGAGGAAGCGUCGAGUUGGACCAGUGCGGAUGUCGUCGAGCUUCUAAGGAAGAAUGGAGUGGAAGAGCCGUGCUGGAAGGCAGCCGAGAAACGCCAGAUUGACGGGGACGAGUUAUUACACUUGACGGAGGGGAAGCUGGCGCUAUGGAAAAGCGACCUGACCAAACCUCUUACACGGAAACUUUGGGCGUUCGUCGAGGAGUUGAAGAAACAUCCCGAGAAGUACGUCGAGCAGCGUCACAGGCACCAACAGCCGACAACAGCCGCGGAGUCGCAUACGGUCGCGGUGAAAUGCGGUGCAUCACCUAGUGACGUGAGCUCCUGGGACACGGACUUUGACGACGAGGAGGACGAAUCGAGCGGUUGCAACGGGCACGCGAUCACCCCGUCCAUCAUCAAUUCCGACGAAUUUCUCAGCAGGUUGAGGCUGUUUCAGGAAAACGACCGGGUGCAGCGACAACGGACCGAAAGCCUCAAGGGAUCGAAUUUCUCGCUGAACCGGAUGGAGAGGACGAGCAACGGGGGGGCAGCCCCGACCCCGAGGGGCACCUCGGCACACAGCAACGCACCGCCGACACCCGAGACCACUUACGCGAACUGCCAGUCGGAGGACUUUGGCGUCGUCGAGGAGAACACGUACAUGAACUGCGCGUGCGAGGUGCCACCGCUUCGACCCGGGCAAAACAAGCCGGGGAACGUUGGUGCGACGAAUCAGCAGCAAAAAAGCCUCGCGGAGAAGCUCAGGGAGCAGCUUAUGUUGCUGGACGUGAGGCAGACGAGCGCCGUUGCGCCAAGGUCCGGGGAUACGUGCAAGGCGAGGGAUGACGCGGAGCUGCGUGCCGUUGGCGAGCCGAGGCCGUCGUUUUUACACAGGAGAUCCAAGAUCGAAGCUGGCUUUGGUCGCGGGGAUUCACGCAGCAAUGGCGUUUCGAAACACCAAAAGGCCCCAUCAAGCGAACCGAGCUUUAACGGCAACACCAGCGUCAGCCACACGCCUCAGAGCAGUUGUUCGGAGGAGUCGCUGCGCAACCUGCCCCGGCCGCCCGCCUCCAUCCAAAGCUUCGACCUAGUGGCGAGCCUACCGUCGACCACGGCGACGCAAUUACCCAGCGACAACGAGAACGACGACGAGGACGACGAGGACGCCUUCGACGGGGACGACGAGGAGUCGUACGAGUCGUUCGACCAGCGACUGGUGGCAGAGCACAACGGUGCGGUGAUGCUCACGGGGGAGCGCGGGCCCGGCAAGCCGCUCGGCUCGGCUGCCGAUGACGAGGGCCUCUACGAGAUCUACGAGUCGAUCAUCGAGACGCCCGAGGACAACAAAGAGCCCGCCAAAACGAGCCACAGUAACACGAGUCCGUCCAAAGUGCCACCGCCCUUGCCCGCGAAAGCACCUCGUAACUUAGCAGGUAGGUAAUGAUGUGUAACAUAUCAUCGAUACACUUGCAUUGUACAUAAGAACACUCGCAAUGUUAAUACCUAUAUGUCUUACUGUUUGUAUUUUCCGUCAAAGUUACAUCCGCGCUGUUGAAUGGUUUCAUACGUUUAUCGAAUUCAUUAAACAACUAUUACGAAACGUUAAACAAUCUUUUUUUUUUUUUUUAUUUCAUCAACACUGGCACUGCAAGUCGAGGCUUGAAAAAAACAUGAACAACAAUUCUGACAUUUUACUCGCAAGAGAAUAUUUUGAAUAAAAAAAGUUUAAAUAAGUAUUCCCUAGUAUAUCUGUGAGAUUGCAUUUUUAUGAAAGCCGUACCGUCACCAGACUCAGGCACGGGUACUUUUUCAAUUUUUCUUAGGUAUGCAUUUUUACCAGGGUGUGAAGUUUUUCUUUUUUUUUUAACACUACUUAUAACGCAGUACUUGAUAAAAUUUGUUUAGCAAUGACAAUCCAUUGCAAUUAGGAAUAAAAUUGAUUUGGACAAAAACUUGGUUCAAGUUUGUAAAAACCGUAUUUAAAGGCUUCAUUUUCAAUACUUUACAAUAAACAUCGAUAUCUAUAAUGUGUUGCACUUUUUAGUUAGAAAAAAGUUUUUUUUUUUAGUAUUGUUUUGUCAAUAGUAAAGAAUAAAAAAAUGUUUUAUCAAAUA